UCGCCGAACGAUUUUCGCCCCAACAACGAGGAGGCAGCUGCUGAAUAUCGACUCGUCGCGUUUUUUGUGUGAAGUGAAUGGAAUCGAGGGAACGAGACGGAGGAAGGAAAACCAAGAAAAUACGAAUAUACACAAAAUAUACACGAAAUUCUUUUUAUAACGAACCAAACGCGCAACACAACGCACAUAAAGCCACAAAAAGCAGCUUGUGGGAAACCCAGAAGCAGCGGAAAACGAAGAAAAAACACCAGCAGCAGGAGGAGAAAUGACGGCGGCCACAGGGGGCGGAGGCAGUGGUGCGAGUGGAAAGGCUGGAAAACACAGGUCGAGGUCAUCCGCUCGCUACGACGAUGUGGAGAAGCAGCAACGGAAAAGCCGAGGCAUCGUCUCCAUACCGAACACCAUAAAACUAAGUAUGCUCAACAGCGGUUUGCUAUCGUUUGAAAGGAUAAAGCUCGAGGCACGCGAUGAGAAUAAUUCUCUGUCAAAGACGAUACCCAAUGGACCCAUAGAUAUCCGCCAUUUCCUUAAGCUCUGCGAUUUACGCAGGAAAUUCCCAGUGCUCUACAAACUGGAGUUCCAAACGGCGGCCAAAGUUGAGACCAACACCUGCCGGCAUGCGAUGAAGAAGAACAACCUGGAGAAGAAUCAGAAUCCAAAGUGCAUUCCCUACGACUACAAUCGUGUGGUGCUGGAGAAAGUGGGUGGUUUGCAGGACUCCGAUUAUGUGAAUGCCUCCUAUGUGGACAGUUUGCUCAAGCCCAAUGCCUACAUAGUGACCCAGGGUCCUGUUGAGGAGACGGUGCAGGCCUACUGGCGAAUGGUCUGGCAAGAAAAUAUUAGUGCCAUUGUGAUGCUGACAAAAACCUUUGACUUCGCCAAGGUCAUGUGUCACCAGUACUGGCCACCCAAUAUGGAUGUUCACGAACAGUACGGUGAUAUCUACAUAAAUAUUGUGAGGGAAGAGCAGCUUGCCAAUUUCCACAUACGAACCUUUAGGCUUUACAAGAUGAACGAAAAGCAGGAGGUUACCGAUGAAAGAAUGAUCCUGCAGUUUCACUACACCGAAUGGUACUCCCACUCUUGUCCCUUCUCAAAUGCCCUGCUAGAGUUCCGGAGAAGAGUGCGAUUGGUGGUGGGAAAUAUCAUCAAGGAUGAGGAUGACAUGAGAGGUCCUAUUCUGGUGCACUGCAGCGAUGGCGGUGGCAGAUCAGGAGUCUAUAUGUCCAUCGAUGCAAAUUUGGAGCUGGCUGAAGAGGAGGAGUGCUUCAAUGUAUUUGGCUACCUCAAGAAGUUGCGACAGUCCCGAAAGGGUCUGGUCGAGAAUGUGGAGCAGUACAAGUUCAUCUAUGAUACCCUGGAAGAGCACAUUAUUUGCGGCAAGACAUGGUUUCCCGUCUCAGAGUUAUCGGAUCGCUUGAAGGCCAAGGCCAGGAGGAAUUCCGGAACCAAAAUGAACGAAUAUCAGGCGGAGUACGAUCAGAUAUGUAAACAAACCCCCAGAUUUACUAUUGGGGAUUGUGCUGGUGGUCACAGAGCGGAUAAUCGAGAGAAGAACAGGGAUGUCCUGUGCGUACCUCCAGAUAAUUUCAGGCCCUACCUGACCUCCUUUCAGGGCAAUGCCUUUACGGACUACAUAAACUCCGUUUUCGUAGAUGGCUAUACUAAGCCUAGGGAGUACAUAGUCACGGAAUGGCCCAUGAAACAUACGUUGGGUGAGUUCUGGUCCCUGGUCUACGAUCAGGAGUGCUCAGCCGUAGUGGUCCUGUGUCAGCCGCCCGCGCAAUCGCAACAGUAUCCCUCCUUCUGGCCCAACAAAUCGAAAAUGGAGAAAUACGGACCGGUAUUCUCCGUGCACUACGUGAUGUCCAAGAGCUAUACAAACAUCAAACAGUGGGAGUUCAAGAUCAACAAGAAGAUCGUCUCACUUACCGAAAUGAUGGCCGGGGUCAAGGCCCCGACUCGAACCGUCCAACUAUUCCAGCUGACCUGCUGGCCCAUGGGUCACAAGGUGCCCAGCUCGACGAACUCGCUGGUCUACCUCAUGAACAUGGUCGAGAUCUGGCGGAAUAAGGUGGACUACGGCCCUGUUUGCGUUGUCUCGCCCGAUGGUCGCAGUCGUGCCGGUGUUUACUGUGCCGCGAAUGCGUGCAUCGAGCAGGUCAUCCAGCACGGCGAGGUCGAUGUCUUCCAGGCGGUGAAGACUGUACGCCGACAUCGUCCGCAGCUAGUGGAGAACAUGACCGAGUACAAGUACUGCUACGACCUGGUACUCCACUAUGUCCUCCACUUUCUCAACAAAAAGGAGUGAGUCGUCGGCCGAAUAAUUUGGAAUAUGGAAUUAUUGGAAUUAUUUGGUCAAUUUGUUUAUUUGUACUUUUUCUGGAGCCGUGCUCUAACAAUGGUUAACAAUGAUCCGAAAUACUUGUGGUCCACAUUUGAUGAUGCCGGGAUUUCUUUUUUAAUAAUUCCGGGCACCGCCUUAAAAGCAAUAAUACUGAGUAUUUUUGUUGUCCACAAAAGCCAGAGAAGGGAAACAUUUUAUUUGUUAAAAGCGUCGAAAUGUAAUUUCACGCCAGUAAAGAGAUACUUUUUACUUGUUUUUUGAGCAUAAAAACAAUGAUACUACUAUAUAUUGUAUAAGCUUUUUGAUCUGAAAUGUAUGUGCCAUUUGUAACCCUAGUUGUUGUUGUUAUAAACAGAAGGAUAUGAAAAGUGUGAUGGGGAUUAUGGGUAUAGAAUGAAGUAAUGAAUUGAUAGGAACAGAGAACUAUUAACAUUAAAAUUUAUAUUUAUAUCUGUAGUUAUUAUUACGUUUACUCUAAAAACUUGCUACCUGGGCAAUUGUUGAUAUAUAUCUAACUACAUAUACCUAUUACGAAUCUAUUUAUACAUAAAUACAUAUAUAUAUAUAUAUAUAUAAAUGUUAUGUACUGUUGUAAAUGGGAAAUAGCUAAGUUUUUCCAUUACUGUUGACAGAAUUUUAUUUUUUAUUCAUGUUAAAGAACAAAUAUUUAUUGACUCACAAAAAAGAUGUAACUUCAAGUUGUUGAAGCAACAAAACACACAAACACAUACAAAACACACGAAACACUCAAACAUAAAUACAUAGUUAUAUGAAUUGCAUCAUGAUUUUCCUGUAUUUUCGCAUUUAUGCAUUCGACACACAAACAAACCUACCUACUUAUAUUGUUGUAACUCUAAUAAACUUAUUUUUUAAAUGCUGUAUAAAUGUUCGUAAGUCCAUUUUAUCCUUUGUAUAAACCAAUCUACAUGUGUAAACAUUUAGCACAAAAAAAGUCGUAUUGGAUUAGGCGAAAUGAAAAUGAAGCCAAGAAAAAAUGAAACGAAUCAAACUUCAAA